AUGCUGCAGUACCACCCCGGGCCUGUGGGGGUGGACCCUGACAUGCUGCAGUACCACCCCGGGCCUGUGGGGGUGGACCCUGACAUGCUGCAGUACCACCCCGGGCCUGUGGGGGUGGACCCUGACAUGCUGCAGUACCACCCCGGGCCUGUGGGGGUGGACCCUGACAUGCUGCAGUACCACCCCGGGCCUGUGGGGGUGGACCCUGACAUGCUGCAGUACCACCCCGGGCCUGUGGGGGUGGACCCUGACAUGCUGCAGUACCACCCCGGGCCUGUGGGGGUGGACCCUGACAUGCUGCAGUACCACCCCGGGCCUGUGGGGGUGGACCCUGAAGAAGAAUUAGACCUCUCAGUUCUGUUCAUGGGUCUAUUCUAG